AUGCAAUCACAGGGCGGUGAAGACGCAAUUCGUGCUCAUCCGUUCUUCUGGGAAAUUGAUUGGGAAGCAUUGGAGGCACGCCGUGUGAAACCACCUUUCAAGCCUAAAAUUAAAUCAAAACGUGAUACGAGUAAUUUUGAUGCUGAUUUCACAAAGGAAGAACCAGUGCUUACACCAACAGAGCCAGCCAUUUUCAGGGCAAUAAAUCAAGAUGAAUUUCGUAAUUUCUCAUUUGUAAAUCCUGAUUUCACACUUAAUUACUGA